CUUUGAAAUGGAGAAAAGACCACACCUCAGUGGAAAAGGAAGGCACAGGGUGAGGUCGGUCUCCACUCGCCGAAAAUCGUAAGAUCGAUCCGGUCACCACAUGGCCACGAGAUACUGUAACGACUUUGUUAUGAUACACCCAUUUGCCGAUGGGAAUGGACGCAUGCGCCGCUUGAUAUUAAACGCGAUUCUACUCGAGUAUGCUGGCAUCGUGAUUUCUCUGGGCGAGCAUAACGAAGGUCGGCGCCAGUAUCCGGAUAUUCAGCGACGGUUUGGCGAGCUUAUGGAGGGCUCAGCAGAGCUGGCAUCCCUGAUACUCGGGAAAUCGAUCCCGCGAUACCCGAACAUUUAAGCAAACGAUCACCAGGGAAGCGAGAAUCCUGGAAAGCGGACGCUUUGAGUCCUUAGUGUUGGCGAUAAAAUGGACUUGGGUAAGUCUUGUGCACUGGGACUGCCUUGAGAGCCCAAU